AUGCCUUCAAUAGCUCUGAAUCUGGUGUUAGCAGAAACACGAAUAUUUAGCGGGGAUUCGUUGAAUGCAACUGUGUUGUUGGAUUCGGCAGAUCCUGACAACACAAUAAUUGAAUUCUUUGCAGAAAUUUUGGGUAUUGGAAAAACUGGUUGGGUGAAUAUUAGAACUGAUAAAAUUUAUGAAACUGAACAUGAAUUUGUCCAUAUUGUGGUCCCUCUCUGUCAACGCAAAAUUGUUUUAAACCCAGGGAGGCACCGAUUUAAUCUGAGGGUGAAUAUACCAGAAACAGCACCUAGCAGUUUAGAAAGUCAAUUUGGUUCUAUUAGGUAUACAAUAAGAUUACAAAUGGUUGGGAAUGCUGAACAUUGUUCCGCCCUAGAAAUUUUUCCUUUCCUUGUUCUUGCCAAGUCCUAUCUGGAUCAAGUUCCUCAAGCUAUUCUAAGGCAUAUUGACUAUGAGGAUGAAAUCAACUUUACAGUAUGCACUCUACCUUUCGGUGUCGUACGCCUAAGAAUAGGGUUGCCUAGAACUGGAUUUUGUGUUGGAGAAGUAAUUCGUGUGAGCAUAUCCGUUAGAAACGGCAGCAGAAAACAAUUGAGAGAAUGCUGCCUCCAAUUAGUUUUGAAAAGCCAUUUUCUUGCUCAAAGCAGAUAUGAACAAGCUAAUGAUACCAAAUUGGUUGAAACUUUAUUAGAUUCCCAUCAAAUUGAUAAUAUUAGAGGAAGAAGUGAGAUUAACGCUGAGGAAUGCCUUCUGCGAGUACCAGAACAAACAAUUCCAUCUAUGCAUUCUCCAAUUAUUUCGCUUUCCUAUGUUCUUCGCUUUAUCGGACUUCCUGGUAUUGAAACAGAAAUUCCUCUUGUUAUAACUUCUCUUGGAUAUAAACAUGGCAUUGGGAAAUAA